AUGAAACCAAAAACAACUGCUGUACCCAGAGCUCAGAAGUCCAAACCUUUUCAGGGCGAUGGACCUAAUUGGCUUCUUAUUGCUGGUGGUGCCUUGUUAAGUACACUGUCAAUUCGUCUUGGUUACAAGCUGAAGCAAGCACUUGACACAAAGCACCAGGAGAAUGCUAGUAAUGGAAGUGGAAAAUCCUCUGACAGAAGGAAGUGCCGUGUGCACUCAAAUGUUUAUUCCUUUACACAACAAAGUGAUGGCAGUUGCUUUAAUUGCAUGUCAGGAACUGAGGCCAUGAUGGAGAUGAAGUGCCUGCCCAAUGGCCAGAUGCUGAGUGAAUCUGAUGGAGCUCUGCCUCUAGUUACAGUUCCCACCCCUGAAUUUAACAAGGAGAAUGGCAUUGUCUGGGCAUCUUCUCCUGAUCGCCUUGAGUUGCCUCCAAAGCCAUUCCUCCACUAUUCAAACUGCUCAGAUUCUCCAUGUGUUUCAGAGUCUGGCUCUGACAUCUUCAGUAAGCGGGAUGUAAUACAAAAACUAAGGCACCAAUUAAAGAGAAGAGAUGACAUGAUACUAGAGAUGCAGGAUCAGAUUGUAGAACUGCAGAAUUCACUGAAUGCUCAGCUGGCACAUUCAACCCAUCUGCAGUCACAACUUGAUUCAGCAAACAGGGACUUUUUUGAUUCUGAGAGAGAAAUUCAAAGGCUUCGGAAGGCAAUUGCAGAUCACUGUGUGGGACAUGCGAGCCCCAACGGCAAAUCAUCCCCAGUCACUAUUUGGCAACCUGAAGCAACAAAUGGUCAUGCAAAUGGGUAUCUUGAUGGGGAAAGCAAUUUUGAUGCAACCGAAAAAGGAAGAGGGGAUGGGGAGAGGGUUGAGAUGCUCAAGAGGGAAGUGGGAGAAUUGAAGGAGGUGAUAGAAGGAAAGGAGUACUUGCUGCAGAGCUACAAGGUGCAAAAAUCAGAGCUCGCUUUGAAAAUCAAUGAGUUGCAGCAGAGACUGGAUUCUCAACUCCCCAAUAUUUUGUAG